GUCAAACCGACUACCGUUGUAAACACUCAGCAUUUUAGAGUAAUGAGAUGACGGUCCGCAUGACGCGGUUGGCACGGCGUGACCCGGCCACGAGUGCAUCACGUACCGAGAAUAAUUUACGAGAUUGGUGUGGCACCGUUCCAAACCCUGUGAGAUGCAUUCUGUUCUAAUACACCCGUGAGCAUGUCUACGUUACGAGAGCCUCUAUGGACGCGAGAUGAGUUGGAGCAAUUCUGGUCUGUGUUUGAACCACAAAUCAAGAGGUUGCUGAACGGUGAUCUAACAUUGCCUGAUCCAGCGGCAGGUCUAGAUCUGAUGAGCAGAUCCGGUGGAAAGCGUCUGAAUGACAAACUAAAGACGACAUACAUUUUUGGAAUACACACGGACCUAUGGAGUGGGAGAUACAGUCGAGCUGUUGCUGAUUUCAAGGCUCUAGCAGCGUUACUAGGUAGAAGCAUGUCUACAGAUGAUCAUCUCCAUGCUCUCAAGCUUAUUUACUUGCAGCCUUACAGGCAACAAAAGACGGCAAGAAUUCAGACGACGUCCUUCUACUAGACUUGACAAGGCCCAGCAAGCUGUUCAAGUUGCCACUAAUUAACAACCAUUGGAUGAUGGAACUGCAACUUGACUUAAUUAAUAUAACUUAAUUUCCUAAUGCAAUAUUUUAAUUAACAAGGCUAACUAUUAAACUAUACUUUCAUAAAUGUAUAUUAUUUAAUUAGGCUAGAGUUUAUUUGUCAAACCGAGGCGUUUCAAAUAUACCGAAAAUGAAUUCGAAGUCAACAUG